UGGUACGUUUUUAAUGGAAAGUAAACACACCCUUGUUUGUUUCCCCCAACCAUUCCUAUCUUCUCAUGAAAUCCAGUCUCUUCAAAGGCUGGCAGCGAGGGGGAGCUGUGUCCUGGGGCAGAUAGCCUGGGAUUCUCAGGCAGCACAAACACCCUGGCCUCCUCUGUGAUGGAGGUGGAGGCUGAGGCAGAGCGUCCAGACCCCUGCCUGGGCCUAGAAGAAGAGGACCUACCCCCCCUGAGCGCCCCACCCACCCUCUCCAUCACCGAGGAGAUCAUGCAGUUCAUUAACCAGAGCCGCGUGCGAGAGGGCAUGGCCGAACUCAAGCCUGACAUAGUAUGGGAUUCACCCCUGGAUGAGUCUCUGGAGGACCCAGCAACUGAGCCACAUCCAUGUCCACUUGCUCAGCAAGGAAAUUACCUGCUGCUUGCUUCCCCUACGGAGGAGACUUACGAGUCACAAGACCCCGAUCCCAAUAGUCCAGAGGAAAUAACAGUGCAACUGGAGGGGAGCAGAACCAAAAUGGAAGACCAAACUCUUCCACCAUGUCUGUCCAGGGAAUCCUCAGAGGAGGGUGGUUGUGAAGAGGGAGAGUCAACACCUUUGCCAGCUGAUGUUAUAGAGGAGAGGCCUCAGGAGGAGAGCACAUCAGCCAAAGAAACCGGGACAGUUGGGGAAAGAAAUGCAUCAGAGGUGGAGGACGAGCAAACGUUCGAAACCUCGACGCCACUCUCUCCUGUAAACCUCCCAGACGAAAGAGAGAGGGAGAAGGAACUCUGCUCUGACCUCCCCAACGAGGACAAGCCCCCAGAAGCUCCUCUCUCUGUCCCAGAGCACACUGUACAGAGCCCUCUGGCGCACAAGAAAGAGACCCAGCUCACCAAGUCAGACAGGCAGAUCAUCGAGAAGAUCCGCAGCUACUACGAGGCGGCUGAGGCCGAGGCAGGAGAAGCAGGUGAAAGUGACAGCAGCCCCACCCCCAGGAGAAACAGCUUCUCCCUCAUCAUCCCCACCGGCCUGGUCAAAGACUCCGUGUCCCACUUUGCUGUCUUUGGCCACCAGGACAGCCUGUGUGACUCGGAGAGCGGGCGCUCCGAUGGGGGGGCAGAACCAGAGCCUGAGCCAGAGCUCCCCUCUCCUCUUCCGUCAGUUCCUGACCAGGGAGAGGGAGCCCUCAGCACAGAUUGUUCAUCCACUUCUGCUGCUGGUUCCCAGGAAGACCACAGCCAGGCACCAGGUCAGGGUGAGCCUGCUCUGGAAAAAUGUAGCAGGUUUGAGCCAGGGAGUAAGCUGCCCUGCACAGAGCUGAUGAAGGAUUGGAAAGAGAAGGAGAAAGUAGGAGCCCCUGUUAGCACAGAGAGGGAAAUCAUACCAAACCUGUCAACAGACAUCACCAAAGAGCCCUCAUUCAGCGAUGAAGCAGCCAAAGUGAUCACAAAAGACCAGCAGGUAAUCAACGGCCAUGGACCAAGUCCAAGUGAUCUGGACUCAGAACCUAAAGAGGCCCAGAAAGACUCCACUGUCCCUCCACCUACAGGUCUUCAUGACAGUAAGACCGCCCCAAUGUCCCAGGCUGGGUGGGGUAGAAUCAGAGACAGGAGCUCCCUCACUGGGAACCUAGAGGGCCUACCCAGCCAGAUCAAGGUGGGCCGCUGGUCCCGCCACUGUAAGAUGGUGUCCUCCAGCCGGACCCUGUACGAGGGGGCAGCGGUCGCAGACGUGGCGGGGAUAGGCCUGUUCGAGGCCAGCCCCGGUGAUCCAUGUCUGGUGGAGAACUCAGAGAGAAUCCUCAGUAAAGUUCAAAUGCUGGCUCGAAUGUACAGCGCCAAGGCCAGCAUCAUGAAGGUGCCACUUCACCACAAGAGGGUGUGUGUGGGUCAUGCACCGUGGACCGUCACCACCAGGCACAGCGUCCCUCCUCUGGCCCAGCCGCUACAGCAGCAUCAGGAGGAGAAGAUUACAGUAAAACGAGCUCAGAGCCAUUCCACUGGCUGCCAGGAGAUGACUUCAGUUUCCUCAGAACCCCAGCUCUUUGGCCACAUCCUUGUCAGUGAACAGCUGUCCCCCACCUACCGCCAGCAGGAGAACAGCUGCGCCCUGACCGGACCCAGGGACAGUGUUUCCAACCUGGAAUCCACAUCCAUUGCCUCUCCCCCCUCCUCCCCUCUGACCUCCCCACCAAAAACCUCUCAGGUUAGGCCUGAAGAGGUAGUGACUACUGCUCUGGAGGGGAAGCUUAUGGAGAACCAGUCUGAGGAAGUAAUCUCAGGAGCUGAGAUGCGGAGGCUUCACACCAAGAGGGCUUCCCCAGUCCAGGAAGGCCCCAUCCAAGGGGUAGGGAUGGAGUUUCCAGCUGAUGGUUAUCCAAGGACCCCAGAGAGGUCUGUGAAUCUCAGCAGGACUUGGGCAGAGCAGAAAGGACAUAAUCUGUACUCCAUUAGGGAAGAUCCUGCUCUGGGGGUAGCAGCAGCCUCUUUAGCAGGCCCAUGUGGGAACAAAGACAGGUCUCCAGGGGUUGGAGCUGCAGAGGAGCUGCUGAAGACCAUUCAACAGCAGGCUCCAACUGAACCAGAGACAAGCCAGGUGGUGAAGCCAGACGAAGCCAGUUUAAACACCAAGAUAAUGCCGCCUUAUGUGGCCGGUGGGGCUGAGAGGGGGAGCUCACCCCAGAUGGCCCCUGGUCAUCAAAGCGAAGCUGAAUCCACCAAAGCCAAGUCACAAGAUAGCACUCUAGAUGAUCGGGAUGUUUCACCUGCGGCACCAAAGAUUUCCUCUCACAUCUCCGACACAUCUCCCACACAACAGAGGUCCAUCUCUGGGCUAACUGAGGGGUCAAACUCCUUAGUGUGGAGUCCCACUCAGUCGCCUAUGACUGAACCCAUGCAAGCCACACAUACAUCUGGUCAGAGAGUCAAGGAGUGUCAAGUCCCAGAGGAUUCCAAAGGAAAAGAGGGGGACAUGGUACCCCGUCCGUGGUCAUCGCUCCAAAGCCUGAUGCCUACACCUCCGCCAGGGGUGCAGUCCUCUGACUGUCUGCCUAAGUUCACCAGCCAAAGACCACCCAACCUGCACCUGCCCACUACCAAGGGUAGAAGGAGCCUCCCUAUGAGUUGGAACGGAUCAAACAACGCCACACUCCCCAGCCAAAGACUACCACCUUCUCCACUGAGGUCCAGAGAGCCAGGUCAGGAUCCAUCACUCCCAUCCAUCCAUGCCUCUGGGUUGUCCCCCGUCAGACGGCCUUCCUCCCAGCCCUCACUGGAGAGAUCAGCCACCAUGCUUCCAGGCAUUGGCCAACCCAUGGAUGCCAAGCCCCCCUCUGCCUUCAGCCCCAGUCUCUACCAGCACUCUCCCUCCCCCAUCAGGGGACUACCCUGCUCCUCUCCUACCCCUUUUGCCUUGACCAAGUCCCUGGCUGCCUCCUGCAUCAGCCAGUCCAUCAGCCAGAGUCUUGCCAAGAAGAACACUCGCCUCCAGGACCAUGCCACCCUUCACCCAGACAGUCCAGCCCCUCUGGCUCCCGCUCCCACUGCAUCCCCACUCAGGAUGAGGUCUCCCUCCCCCAAACUCACCUCUGGCCCUAGCGCCCCCCUCUGAGUCCUGGCUAUGCCCAUGCUUCCUACACCAGAGAUGGGAACCAGCCACCUAAGUGUCCCCCUUCCCCUCUCCGGUCUACUUCAGUCCGCUCCAGCCCAUGCGCAUCCCCAGCCCCAGCCCUGUCCCCCCCACCGUACCGCAGCCAGCACUCAGUCUCCCCAGCCCCCCCAGUCAGCCUGCAUCACACCGCCUUUUCCUCUGCCUCUCCACGGCCCAGGCCUGCUGUCCUACACCAGCCACGCCAUAUUGGUUUGAAUGGAAACAGUAACAACAAUAAUAACAAUAACACCACUAACGGAGGAUGGGUCGCGAAUCACCGGAAGCCACCGUUAGCGAGUGCCAAUAGUAUACCCCAUCCCCAUGAUCCUCUUUGGAGUGGUUCUACUCACACUCUCAACAGGGUGGCAAGGCCCUUCUCUGUCUCGGAGCCCAGCUCACGAGUGCAGUCCCCGUCCCCUUCUCCCUCCCCAUCUCCAUUCAGCAGGAUCUGCUCCCCUCCCCCAGUCCAGAAUCAUACAGGCCCCCUGAUGAACAAGCCCCCCAACCCUAGAAGCACCCGGGCAGGAGGGGCUUGCCCCUUCAAUCACCUGGGCCUCUCCCUGGAGCUCCCCAGGGCCUCCUCAGCCUGCUCUUCAGGCAUAACCUCCCCUCUGCCCAUUGGGGUUCCUGCCAAUGUCUGGGGAGUCGCUGCUCCUCAGCCGCGGAAUGCCAAAUUGGCAUUUCCUUUCUCCUCCAUUGCCUCACCCACAUGGAUAGAUGUUUAUCCCCCCUCCAUUCAGAGAAGCUCCAGCACCACCUCCCCUCCCCCAUCUGGUUUCUCCCCAUGCUCUCCAACCCAUUCUCAGAACCUGCGGAGGACCAAGGGAAGCAGCCUGCCCUUCCUUAGCCUGGCUGACCGACCACCCAGUCCAGUCAGUAAUGGGAGGGUGUCUUGGGGAGAGAGCGAAGGGCGCAGGUCUGUGGGUGCGGAGCAGGAGUCUGGGUUGAUAAGCCCCCGAGGGGGAUCCUGCUCCUACAGUGGCUCCCCAUCCUGCAUCAGCCCCGGGGCCUUGUCCCCUGUCAGACUGGCCCCUGGGAAGAGCACCCACGGCGAGCAACACUUCACCAGCAUUGCCUGGCCCGACGUGCGAGAACUCCUGACCAAGUAUGACAGUGGGGACAGCCCUGACCAGAGUGCUCCGACCUCUCCUGUCUGGCCUCAGGAUGAAUGGGGUGACCCAGACCUUGGGGAGGACAGUUGCCGGAGCCACCUGAUCUGUGCCUAUGUGCCUCGGGCCUCCCCAUCCCCAGACACGGGUGCGCCCAUCCAGUACCCUCACAGGAGUGAGCCAAAGCCAGAGGACACCACCUCAAUGCAGGCAGCCAGAAGGACUCUAAAGACUAGCUAUGCUACCACUGUGAACCUGCAGAUUGCUGGCAGUGGACGUAUCACUUCCUUCAGCAACACCCAGGUGAGCCUGAACCAGACCUUAUCCCCCGUGGUAGACAGCCAGGGCAGACGGAGGGUCAGCAUCAAUGCCUGCAACUUUACCCUUCCCGUUCCCCAGAACUGCAAGAGGCUGUGAGGGGCUACGACUGGGCGACCUCCUCCAAGGUGCCUUAUGCCUCAGUGAAAGUCUAAAUAGGCACUUUACCCUGAAACAGUGGUGUUCAUAGGGAUCCUAUGAGAUAUAACUCCAGGUAAUAUGGUAAAGAAUUACAUUAGACUUAAUUGGACAGUAGAUUGAAUCACCUGUUCUUUCAGAUGACAAUCUGACAAUGUCAGGAAUUGUGCAACCAACCCCACAUAUCACCGCCCGGCCACCUAGAUCACUGUCCAACAGGACACCGACUGAACCCACAGACAAAUUAGUUUGCCAGUGUCGUUUUUCUUCGUCUUUUUGUUAUUUGUUGUUUCAAAAUCAAUUCGGUUUAUUCUGUUCAACAAAAAAAAACGAUGUCUUGUUUAUCAAACUCCUGCGUUUGUGCUUGUGGCUGGCAUGGUAAAAAUGGUCCAUUCUUUUUUAUUUUUUUAUUUAUGAACUAGUCUUAUUUUGUCUGCAUUUCUGGCACUUAAUUGUAUGUCUUUAUUUUGCACAAUGUCCUCAGCUGUGUGCGUAGUUAAGACGUGUCUGUGAAGGUAGCUUUUAUUUCAGACCAAAUCACGAUGUUGAUGUUUUUAUGUGUUCUAACCUAUGUAGUUUUACCAGUGGUUCAUGUUGAAAAAAAUACAUGAUUUAUUUGGUUACACAAGAGCAGAAAAUAAGGGAAAAUAAGAGCAACAAAUUUCAGGGAAAACAAAGUGCAAGAACAUGAAUGGUGACUCGACCAACAUGCAUUUUUAUUGCUACACAACACAGUGUCUUCAGGCUACAUUGGCCUGUUUUGAUAGCAUAGGCCUAACUACUUUUUUAAGUACAGUAUUUAAAUAUCAGAUUUGAAAUUGUGAACUCCUGUGGUCAAAAGACUCAAAGAACAACCACUGUGUCUAUUACUGAUGUGCAUUUCAGUUAUUUGUACUCCUAUAAUAAUAAAAAAAUAUUAAAGACC